GUUAUGAGGGAUGGGAUGCAUGUCGCGAGCACAACAGGACAGCAAGCAACCCCCAUGUUGAGUACAUGCGCAUCUGGUACCACGGAUACUCCACCUAUCGACCGUCCACAAAUGGUGUUCCACGACGGCUUCCACGCCACGGCUCCACUCUCCCACUCCGCGCCAGUUCAGACAUUGCUUGCUCUCCCACCUCCCACCCUCUUCUCCAUCUUUUUCGAAGUUGGGGUGUCUGGAGACCCCGCAUUCAGUUUUGCGAGGGCAUACAACCGAAACCGCGGGCGCGUAUGAGAUACCGGACUAGCCAGGAGGUGAUGGAGGGUGAGCGCAAAGUAGUGGAGGGUGAUGGGGAAAACGAGGAGGGCCAAGGACAUCGGACGGAGAUGAGAUCAGAAGGCCGUUGAAGCGAGGCAGAGAGAGAGACUAAGAGGUGCAGCGGGAGGAGCGGAGUUAUCUUGGGGCCCUUUUUGGUACGUAUGGGGGCAGCUACCAACGGCUGGGUCGCCUUCGCCCCAUCCCACGCCGACUUCGCAACGAGACCCUUUCGCAUCUGCGCUCAACAUUUCGCCAUGGUGGCGCUGAGAUCGUUAAACGGACGCGCCGCGCUGUGCCCACUGUGCGUGCAUACCCUGACCUGGCGUCGGACGGCGAGAGUCCAAGCACCGUCCCAAUCUCCACCUUCUGUGGGCGGUGGGUGACGAGUGAGCGGCACAUCGUAAAGCAAGGGGGUGCUAAGUAACUUUCCGACAGCGGGUGGGCAUUGCGUUUUGAUGCUUCAACUGUCCCCGUCCCCGUCUUUCAUCUUUCCUCUCCAUCCAUCGUCUUGCAUCUCAGCCACUCACUUUAGGCCGCCUUGGAAGGGCUGUGACAGCGAGUGGCUGACAUAUCAUUACCACAUUUGGGUGACCGUCAAGACAUCGGGCGAGGUGGAUGAGGAGGAGCCAUGGACUGAGAUGGAGCACCUCAGCUCUCAGACAUUUUUAUUUCCCCCGCUCUGGUGGAGGUUAUUUUACCAGGCCCUUGUACCCUGUUAGCCUGCUACUAUGAGAAGUUGGACCUUCUGGCGUUGAAUCUAGUGGCUUUCGAAGGCUGCUAGUAUACCUAGCGUGGCAGUAGUAUAUACUACUGCCACUACUGCCACUACUGCGCAUACUACUGUAUAGCACAACUUUUUAAUAUCGAGGCCUCAUGUCGAGCGCCUCCCUUCUGGAAUCUUUCCAAUUCGGUAAGCACGUGCCGACCCCGAACCCCAGAUUCCACUCGGAUACUGCUGGAAGGCUUGGAAGACCGGGAAGACUCCUGGAUGACAAUCUCCUGCACCGACUAAGCAGGCCCAGCAUAUCCAACAAAGCCCCGUCACUGGUCAGAACGCUUCCACAUCCUCGCCGGGUGUUAUGGACCUACUUCAAGGUUCCCUUACUAGCUACAUAAUCAACGCUACUAAUCCCAUCUAUCUGCGCCCCGCGCGCUACAGACCGACUGUUGCUUCUACUCCUUCGUCUCAUCUGUACAUACUUGCAUACUCACACUUGCCGAUUCACCCUCUCACCUCGCACCUUUAACUACCUUCGAGUACCGCACCUCUCUCUUUUACCCCACGACAUAUCACCAUACUGCAUGAUACUACACCCCUCUUUCCCCCUUCACCCCUCUCCUACUACUACCGCUACUACCAACUACUGUACCUCGAUAAUGCACACUACUCGGGAAACGAGCCCAAUCUAGGAUUCCCCAUCGUCCGAAAGAUUGAGUUUUUACUACCCUUGCCCGCCUACCUCACCCUAGUCGGCGCCUCGUUGUGAAAAGCUGCGGAAAGGGACACUGCAGCUGCCUCGCAUCCUUAGCAACCGCCACCAAAGCGCUCAGAUGGUGGCUGCACGUUGAAGUAGGCUACCAAAGAACGAAAUACGCCAGAAAAACAUCCACCCCACCCCCUCAAUAUACCCUCACAGUUCGGCUCGCUUUCCUUCAAAUACAGGCCAGUCGCACGGCAACUAACGGCGGCCCCUCUCUUUCCUUGGACAUCAUCGAUAUAUCGGGCCUCAACUCAAGACAGCCAAUAAUCGACGUGACGUCGCAUUGCAUCUGUACCUGUUUUCCUGCCCGGGUAAUAUCACGGGGGUAUAACUACAACUCGUGGUACUAGAGUUCCCUUCGUCUGGCACCCAAAGCCAUGGCCAUGUCGAACUCGUCCCGAGAUAACUCACCAGCGGCCUCAGAGUCUACACAAGGCAAGCACUACCCAAUGUCGCGCGAUAACUUCGCCAUCGAUCUGCCCUCCCCACACCUAUCGGCGACGUCGAACGGCGUUAUCAAAUCGCCGAACUCUCUCAAAUCCCCCACUGACCGACGCGGCCUGAGUUUCAGCCGUGAAGGCAUCCUCGGAUCGGCCCAGAAGGCGCGGAACCUGUCCCAGUCAUCGGGAGACCGGGAUUCUACCACGAAUGGAAAUGGACUGCAGAACAGGAAGGACAGUGAUGAUGGAAUUAACCCUCUCAAAAGGAGGAAUACAGAUGCAGGAAGUGACUAUCCCAGGCGGAGGGCUACUAUAGCUUGCGAGAUAUGCAGGUCACGGAAAUCGCGCUGCGAUGGGUCGAAGCCAAAGUGCCGGCUCUGCGUUGAGCUCGGCGCAGAGUGCAUUUAUCGUGAGCCUGGCAUCAAGCUCGAUGCUGGGGAUAAGCUCAUUCUGGAACACCUUUCACGCAUAGAGGGUCUUUUACAGUCAAAUCUAGUGAGCCAGACAAAUCAAUUGGCUCUUACGUCGGGAUCGCCAGCUGUCAGCAGCAGCACGGCUAUCAGCAAUGAAGAGAUGAUCCAGAAUCACGUAAACUUCGUUUCUAUGAUUCCAGUUACUGGUCUUGGAACGUGGACCAGCCCGCCCACCAACAUUUCCACAAUGCCAAAAGAGCACACGAACGCAGCGCUCCACCUCCUCCAGUGGCCUGUCAUCCGCGAUCUGGUAUCUCGGCCUUACGACCCGCAAAUUCUACUUCAAUUGGAGAUGUCUCGCGAACCACUCACCCUACCGAAAUCGCUGCGUCUCGACCUCUCCAACACAGCAGCAUACAUCCGAGCAUUCUUCUCGCGGGUCAAUGUAUGGUAUGCAGUUGUUAACCCCUUCAACUGGCCGAGUCACUACCGCGUUGCGCUAUCUAACGGUUUCCGCGAAGGACCAGAGUCCUGCAUCGUCCUCCUCGUCUUGGCCUUGGGACAGGCGUCAGUACACGGUUCCAUUUCCAGGGUACCGCUCUCGGAGGAGACGCCAGGACUCUCGUUCUUCGCGUCUGCAUGGGCCAUUUUACCAGCCCUCAUGACGCGCAACACGGUGCUAAGCGCACAGUGCAUGGUUCUAGCUUCGGCGUACCUUUUCUAUCUAGUCCGUCCCCUGGAGGCAUGGACGCUGCUGAGCAGCACCAGCACGAAGCUCCAGCUCCUUCUUUCAGGACCUGGGCGCGUACCUCCGGAGGAGCGCGAGCUGAGCGAGAGGGUGUACUGGAAUGCUCUGCUCUUCGAGUCUGAUCUCCUGGCUGAGCUCGAUCUCCCUCAUUCUGGUAUUGUCCAGUUUGAGGAAUGCGUCGGGCUUCCAGGUGGAUUCGUUGAGUUCGAGCACUUUGAUCAUAUGGAGGAUCCCGAGGCUGCGGACAACGCGCAGUUUGUCGGCCGCGACGAGCUGUGGUACUUCCUAGCUGAAAUCGCCCUCAGGCGACUGCUGAAUAGAGUGAGCCAGCUCAUCUACAGCAAAGACAGCGUAGCGACGAUGAGUGCUCUGGAGCCAGUCGUAGCCGAACUGGACUUCCAGCUGGGACAGUGGUACGAGAGUCUCCCGCUGGCCCUGCAGUUCCCAUACACGCGAGGCCUCCUGGCCGACCCGGUCCAGACCGUGCUUCGUCUGCGCUUUUAUGCAUGCAGGACUAUAAUCUUCCGACCGUAUAUCUUGGCCGUCCUGGACAACGAGGCAGCGGCUUUGGAUCCCGCGGUUCGCGAGAACUGUCGCAAGUGUCUCGAUGCCGCGAUUCGCCAAUUGGAGAACAUAACGGCACACCACGCAGGUCACAUGCCAUAUCUCUGGCAAGGCGCGCUCUCCAUCGUAUCGCAGACCCUCCUCGUAAUGGGCGCCACCAUGUCCCCGUCGCUAGCGCCCCUCCUCCCACCCCCCGACCAAAUGGACGCCAUCAUCAACGGCGUCGUCGAAGAAAUCGCCCGCUACAGCCGUCUCGCGCCGUCUCUGGCCCUCUCGGCUGAGAUCAUUCGCGAAGCCGAGGCGCGCCGUCAAGACGCCCUAGGAGGCAUGGGUAUGCGCUGAGCUCCAUCACCCCCACACCACAACAAAGAUCAUCGUGACGGGCAAAAGUCGAGCCGCCUCGAGUCUAGGCCAGCACCCAGCCAGCGCGGGUGAUCCACCCAGGUUGCCCACACUCGCUUCAGCCAUCGAUUGGCUCAGCCCCGGUAGCGGCAGAGUGAGUGCGAAAGGCCCGACUUGACGGACGGGGUUCGAGGCCCUGGGAAGCGCCCCUUUCCUAUUUCCCCCCUGCUGGACCCAUUCGUGGUGGAGGGCGCGGGGCGGGGUUAUGUAGGCCAGUGUUGGAUUUGGGUGGUAGGAGCGUCGGUUGGCGGACCGCGGAUCCGGUCGGGGAUUUCGUCACGUGCGGGUUGGACGGCCCGCCGGGGAAUCUGCGGUCCGAGGAUCUGCCGGUGAGGUUGCUUGGAGGUGUCAAAGCACCGCUGUUUGGGCUGCAAUUGAGGGGAUUUGGGGACGUGGGUUGGAGGGGAGGAGGGAGGCUUCUUAUACCGGUGGAGAUGAGGUUUCGGGACAGGUUCCCGUCGUUUCCUUUUUUUGUCAGCUUUGAUGCCAUCGUCGGGGAAAGUCCGGCAUGUAUGGGAGAUGGGAGAGCAUGUGGAGGUGGGAUUGGAUGUCAUUGCUGGGUGUUAUUUUCUUUUUUGCGCGCAUACUACAUAUGUUUUUGCUGCGUACAUAUUUUGGUUCUGGGUUUUGUGGGAGUAAAGAGGAUGGGGU